UUAAUGAAUUGCUGUGUGGUGCCGUGUCUCGGCGUGUCUGCGUUGUUUAGCUAGUUCACAGUUCUUUCUCUGGUUGUUUACUUCUGAUAGAAAGAAAUGUGAAGCUAAUGUGAAGCUAAUGCUAGCUUAGAUACGUGCAUGCCGUUCAGUUAUGUCUUCCGACAUCACCGCGGCUGGAGGCAUUCAAGGGCUUCUCCUGAAACUUCAUGAAUCACUUUCGUGUGAAGACAGCCGAGCUGCAGCGUUGACAUGUCACGAUAUUGUCGGUGAACUGGGACAGGAGUGCAUGCUAACAGCCACCGAGAAUGAACUUGCUUUGCAGACAUCCUUACUGUUCUCAAAGGACUAUGGACUGCUCAGCUUCCUCAGGAAGUCCCUGGCAUCGGAGGAGUUCCGGGAUACCCGAGUUGAGAUCUUGGGUUUUUUGGAGAAGUUCUUGGACAAAGUCUCGCCCAGAGUCAAAGGAUGGGAGAAGACUUAUGCCAUCGACAUAAGACACACAUGCAUGGCCGUGUAUACAAAGGAAAAAGUAGCCAAGUGUAGGACUGCAGUGCUGGAGCUCCUCAUUAAGGUUCUCCAGAAAACAAAGGCUUCCAGUGUGGCUGCAGACCUUCAGAUCUCUGAAAUAUUCAACAGAUAUUACAGCGAGCUCUGUCAGAAGAGCAAACUACCAGAUUCUGUCCUCGGUAAAAUCUACGAGUUGCUGGGAGUUCUGGCAGAGGUUCACCCCAGCGAGAUGGUCAGUAACUCAGACAAACUCUACAAAGCAUACCUAGGGGAGCUAAAGGAACAGAUGACGUCUUUAACAAAGGAACCCAAACUCUUUGUUGUUGCUGGAUGUUUGAGAGGAGUCACGGCUCUAAUGGUCAACUUCACUAAAACCAUGGAAGAAGACCCAGCAACAUCUAAGGACAUUUUCCAGUAUGCCCUGAAGGCGAUCACCCCCCAGAUGGUAAUGAGCCGCUAUGCUGUCACGUUUGCUGGGCUCCGGCUGUUGGCCAGACAUGCAUCCCAGUUCAGCAGCUGCCUUAUGGACCACUACAGACCUUUGUUUGAGGUCAUGUCCAAGCUCUGUGGACACAUCAACGCUGAAAUGAAGAAGACAAGUUACUAUGCACUCGAGGCCUUCCUCAAACAGGUUGCAAUGCUGGUGGCAGAUAAUAUUGAGGAGCACAAAAGCAAGUUGAAGUUCUUCAUGCACAAGUUCUGCGGCAUCAUUAAGACCAUGGACUCGACGCACAAGGAACUGUCCAUUGCCAUACGGGGAUAUGGAUUCUUUGCAGGCCCAUGCAAGAAAGUUUGCCCACAAGAUGUGGACUUGAUGUACACAGAGCUGAUUCAGCGCUGUAAGCAGAUGUACCUGACUGAGUCUGAUGGGGAGGAUGAAAGCUUCUACCAGCUGCCCAGCUUCCUGGACUCUAUAGCGAGUGUCCUGAUUCACCUGGACAAGAUUCCAGAGGUGUACACACCACUGCUGGAGCGUCUCCUGGUGGUGCAGAUCGACAGCUUCCCCCAGUACAGCGAGAGAAUGCAGACUACUUGCUGCAGGUCCAUCCUAAAGGUGCUGGUGGCCGUGGCCUCUAAAGGACCGGUGCUGUGGAGUUUUAUCAGCUCUGUGGUGCACCAGGGUUUGAUCCGGGUCUGCUCCAAACCCAUCCUGCUGUCUGAGGACAAAGAUGAGUCUUCCCAAGUUCGUACUGGAAAGUGGAAGGUUCCAUCUAGUCAGAACUACCUUGCCCUGUUUCAAAGCCUACUGGACUGUGAUCUGCUGAAGGAUUCAGGAUUUCUGGACGGAGCUUUUGAGAGUCAGAACCCUGCUCUCAUAUCUUUGAGCCGUCUGCUUUAUGACGAGUUGGUGAAAUCAAUUCUGCGAAUUGUGGAAAAAUUGGACUUGUCUGUGCACAAAGUGACAACGGGAGAGCAGGCUCCGGAUGAUGCGGCCCAUGUCCUCCCCUCCUCCGACCCCACAGCUCAUCUGUUGCCCAAUAAGAUCAAAGAUUUCACUGCCUUCAUCAACCUGGUUGACUUCUGCAGCGAGUUGUUGCUGAAUAAACACGUGGAGUAUUUUCAGUCCUGGAUGUAUCACUUAAGCCAUGAACUUAUCCUGCACUCCAUACGAAACCCACUUGUCAGCGGAUUUUACAAGCUGCUCUCUGUCACCUUGAAAAUUGCCAAGAGAAUUAAAUACUACCAGGGAGUCGGCCCGAGAUGCUCUACAUCCCCCCAGAGUGACACUGUGAAAAGUGCUUGUUUUGCACUCUUCUCGAAGUUUGGAAAAGAGGUGUGUGUGAGAAUGAAGCAGUACAAAGAUGAGCUUCUGGCCUCCUGCUUGACGUUUGUCCUCUCGCUGCACCACAGCAUCGUGGCUCUGGACAUCAAGGCCUACUGCCCUGCUUUGGAGGCGGCUCUGAAGUUGGGUCUGAGCCAUGUUCCUUUGGCCAACGUAGCCCUGGAUGCCCUGGAGGACUGGUCCUCCCACAUUCCCCUGGAGACUAUGCAGCACUGUUACACAACCAUCCUUCCUCUUCUGGAUGGAUACCUGAAAACCUCCAGCAACAACAAAGAGGACAGCAACUGGGAGGUGAUGUCUUCUGUGUCUUCAAGAAAUACAGACAAAGGAUACAGCCGAGUCAUGACGAGGCUCCUGAAACAAUCGAACCAGCUCACCAUGGAAGAUGCUCCUCUUGUCAUGGUGAGGCUCAGGGUGGUGAAGUUGCUCGGUCACCUGGGAGGAAAGCUGAACAGGAACCUCGUAACUGUGGUCUCAUCAGAGGAAACAAUGAAGAAGUUUGUCGCCUGGGAUUCUGAGAAAAGACUCAGCUUCGCAGUGCCAUUCGCCGAUAUGAAGCCAGUCAUCUACCUCGACCCUUUUCUGCCUCACAUCAGUGAACUGGCUCUGUCCACAAGUGACCGACAAACCAAAGUAGCAGCUUGUGAGCUUCUCCACAGCUUGGUGGUCUACAUGGUUGGCAAGAGUGCUCAGAUGGUUGAGGGGGAGAAUAAGUUGCCACCCAUGUACAAGCUGCACAAGAGGUUGUUUCCUGUGCUACUGCGUCUGGCCUGCGAUGUGGAUCAGAUUGACUCGUCUGUCUGCUCCGAUAUCAACCAUGAAGCGUUCCGACCGGUGUUCUCCACUUUCACUAUGCUGCUGGUUGACAUGAAUCUGCCACUCAAUCUCAAGAGCCAGGCCCUGUUGGUGUUACCCUUCUUCACAACCCUCCCAGAGGAGCCAUUGGCUGAGCUGCAAAGAGCCCUGGACGCCCUGGUGGCGGCCCACUUCCCCAUGCAGUCAGAUGAGUUUUCCAAGGGCUCGCUUCACCGCAACAACUACAUGGACUGUAUCCGAAAGUUGCUGGAUGCCUUGGAGCUUUCUCAGAGUCCACUCCUGCUCAAGCUGAUGGCCGGGAUUCUGUGCCGUGACAGAAAACACAUCAUGGAGGACGCCUUCCAGACCUGUUUCCAGAGACUUGCUAAGCGGUCAAGCGGCGAGCGGCAGAUGCAGCUCCUGUGCACCGUAUACGGGCUGAUCCAGCGGGGCGACGUGCCCGUGAGCUCCAUGCUGCAGCCCAUGUCCGAGAGGGUUCUGCUGCCUCUGGCCUCUCACUGCAGCACCAAGGCCCUGUGCGACUUCUUUGUGGCAAAUGUUUCCGACAUAAUUGUUUUGUUGCUCAGCCGCUUCACAAAGUCAAAUGAAUCUGAAUUUGAGAUCCAGCUGAUGAAGAAGAAAGGCUGCUACACGCUGAUGGAGCUCCUGUAUUCUCGUCUUCCCAAAGAAGAGGUUUACUCCAAAGAAUCCUGCAUUAAUCGAGCCUACUGUCGUUCAGACAAAACGGAGGGGAACGAGUUGUCCAAGACCUUGAUCAAGUCAUGUUUUGAAGCAUUCACUGAGAACAUGACUGGUGAGACUCAGCUCCUGGAACUGAGGAGACACUACCACUGUGCCGCGUACAACUGUUCCAUCGCCGUCAUCAGCUGCAGUUUCAACGAGCCCAAAUUCUACCAAGGCUUCCUCUUCAGUGAGAAACCAGAGAAGAAUCAGUUCAUUUUGGAGAACAUCAUUGACAUUGAAAGGACCUACAGGUUUCCAAUUGAAAUCGAGGUCCCACUUGAGAGAAAGAAAAAAUACGUCAUGAUUCGAAAAGAAGUGAGCGAGGAGCAUGAAGAAAAAACAGUGUAUCUGUCCUCGCAGUCUUACAUGGCCGACAGCAGCCUGAGUGAGGAGAUGAGUCAGUUUGAUUUCUCCACUGGAGUCCAGAGCUUUUCCUUCAGCUCCCAAAACCCUGAAGGACGCAGGCGCACCGUUGCCAAAAGAGAGACAGAAGAGACAAAUCUCCCCCAGGAUGCAAUGGUGGAUCUAGAAAUGGACGAGCUGAAUCAGCAUGAAUGCAUGGCGACCAUGACUGCUCUUAUUGGUCACAUGCUGAGGAACAACAUAACUCCCAAAAUUGAACCGGGAAACGUGCCGAGUGAACUUCCUCCAUGGAUGAAAUUUCUACAUGCCAAACUAGCAAAUCCAGCAACACCUCUGAAUAUCCGACUCUUCAUCUCCAAGCUGAUCAUCAACACAGAGGAGGUUUUCCGACCAUAUGCCAAGCACUGGCUGGGCCCGCUCAUGCAAGUCAUUGUUUCUGGAAACAACGGAGGAGAGGGGAUCCAUUUUAUGGUGGUGGAUAUCGUCGUCAUAGUGCUCUCUUGGACAAGUCUGGCCAGCCCUAAGGAUAACCCCAGAGAUGAAGUGCUUGCCAACCGGCUGUUAGAGUUCCUGAUGAAGCAUUGCUUCCACUCUAAGAAGGCUGUUUUCCGCCACAACCUGGAGAUCAUUCGCACCCUGGUGGAGUGCUGGAAAGACUGUCUGCAUGUGCCCUACAGUCUGAUCUAUGAGCGAUUCCGUGGCAUCGACCCAAAUAGCAAAGACAACUCUGUUGGACUCCAGCUGCUGGGAAUCAUCCUGGCCAACAACCUCCCUGCCUACGAUGCCCUGUGUGGGAUUGAAUAUGACGGGUACAUCCAGUCUCUGACCAACAACGUGUCCUUCGUGAGGUAUAAAGAGGUUUACGCAGCUGCUGCAGAAAUCAUCGGCCUCAUCCUGAAGAAUAUGGCUGAAGUGGACAAGCAUCGUCAAGAGCUUCUCAGUCUCGCAGCAAGUAAGAUAACAAAUCUGAAGAAAAAAGACAUGGAUGACAAGUUCAUUAUAUGCUUGAACAAAGUGUCAAAGCACUUUCCUCCCUUUAUGGAUCGGUUUGUCAACUAUGUGUUCUCCCUCCUGCCGAAGUUGCACGGCAUCUUAAAAACGUAUUGUUUGGAGUGCGUGCUGAGUCGAGCCGAUGUCAUUCCAGACAUCUUUCUGCAUCUGAAGACCACAGGCUUCAUUGAGACCAUGCGCCACAGGGAUGAAGCAAGGCAGAGAGUGUGUCUGGAUAUCAUCCACAAGAUUGUUGCCCAGCUGACUCCAGUUCAGCUCCAGGAACUCCUGGGAGCUGUGACGGCUUUUGUCUGCCAUCCUUCACCAGUGUGCAGAGAGAGGAUGUACGACAUCCUCAUGUGGAUCCAAGACAACUACAGUGAUGCAGAGAGCAUGGAAGACAGCACCUCAGUAGAGGUUUUGAAUGCAGCUAAAGAAACACUACUUCAGGGACUUUCUGAAGAAAACCAAGGCCUUCAGCUUUAUGUGCGUAACUUCUGGAGUCAGGAGAAGCGCCUCCCCACUGCCACCCUCGAGCGAAUGGUGACGGUGCUUCGUUCUCUGUACUCCUGUCGAAUCGAGAAGUGUUUCUUAAGCUUGGCUACCAAUCUGCUGCUGGAAAUGACUAGCCAGAGUCCUGAUUUCCAACGAAACAUGUUUGAGUAUCCACUGUCAGAGUGUACCUUCCAGGACUAUAUGAUUGAUUCCAACUGGCGCUUCAGGAGCACAGUGAUGACUCCCAUGUUUGUUGAAACCCAAAGCUCUCAAGGCCCAGAGAGUGUGGCAGCGUCGCAGGCUGGAGGCAUGAAGGGGAAACUCAGAGCGACUCAGAGUUCUCUAGAGUUUAGCCAAACCCAAACAGCAGGUCGACGUCCAGUGUAUGACUGGCUGACGGGCAGCAGUGUGGAUACACUAGCAGACUACACACUGGGAUCUGAGUCUCUGUCUUCAUUGUUGGUGUUUGAUAAGAAGGCAGAGAAGCAAACUGCAGCAAGGAGACCAGUAGGAGAAGGCUUCGGCCUCAGGCGCCUUACUGCAUCAACCGAUGAGGUGGACAGUCGCACCAGAGCAGCAAACGAGCAACGUAAUAACAUCCUCAGAUUGAGACGCAGAUUUCUCAAGGAUCAGGAGAAAGUCAGCCUGGGUUUUGCACACAGAGAAAUCCAACAGCAAAGACAGAAAAAGGAAGACAAAGCUGAUCAAAGGCUCCGAAAAGAGGCUCAGGUGACUCUCUAUCGAAACUACAGAGUGGGAGACUUUCCAGACAUCCAGAUCCCAUACAGCAGCCUCAUCGCCCCCCUUCAAGCUCUGGCCCAGAGAGAUCCCAUUUUAGCCAAACAGCUGUUUAGCUCCCUGUUUGCUGGAAUCCUCCAAGAAAUGGGAGCAGUCAAAGCGAGAGGGGAGAGCGGGAGGAUUAAAGAGGAGCUGCGGUGCAGCAUGAACACCUUCCUGAGCAAGAGCACCCUCUGCUUCCCUCCGUUCAUAGCAUGUGUGCAGGAAAUGUGCUACCAGCAUAAGGAGCUGCAGCAGCUCAACCCAGCACACAUCAGCUCCACCUGCCUGAUGAGCCUCCAGCAGCCGUCGGGCAUCCUCCUGCUGGAGGAGGGCCUGCUACAUGUUGGUGGCCAGGACCAGCCUCCUGCCAAACGCUCCCGAGGACGCAAAGAAAUCCCCCCAGACACCAACAAAUGGAUCCACCUGGCAAGGCUUUACAGAUCCUUGGAGGAUUAUGAUGUUGUGCGCGGCAUCUUUGGUGGUAAAGUUGGGACCAAGUCGAUCACCUGCGCUGCGCUUCAAGCUGAAGCCAACACUGACUUUGCAGAAGCUGUCAAGCUUUACAAUGAGGCUCUGAACACUGAGCACUGGAGUGAUGACGAGCCCACUGAGUCUGAGAAGGACUUCUGGGAAAUAGCUGCCAUGGAGGCCUACAGUCACCUGACCGAGUGGAAGUCUCUUCAGUACUGCUCCACCGUGAACAUAGAUGAAAACUCCCCGCCCAACCUGGAGAGGAUGUGGUCGGAUCCAAUCUACCAGGAAAUGUACCUGCAGCACAUGAUCCGCAGCAUGCUGAAGCAGCUGCAGCAAGGUGAGACGGACCAAACUCUUCUUACCUUCAUCGACAGAGCCAUGAGGGUGGAGGAGCGCAAAAAGCUGCUGGAAAGCCAUUACAGCCAGGAGCUCAGCAUGCUCUACAUCCUGCAGGAGGACUACGACCGCGCAAAAUACUACACCAACUACGCCAUGCAGCUCUUCAUGCAGAAUUACUCCAGCGUGGAUACACUGUUGACACAAAGUCGGCUCACCAUCCUGCAGUCAGUCCAGGCCUUGACUGAGAUCCAGGACUUCCUGCUGUUCAUUAAAGGAGAGGUGUCUGUGAGCUCCCUCAAGCGGCUCAUCAGGUUAUGGACUGAACGCUAUCCUGAUGCUAAAGCGGAUCCAGUGAACUUGUGGGAUGAUAUCAUUACAUCUCGAUGUUUCUUCUUGGACAAGAUCAAGGAAAAGCUGAGAGGCCACGCACCCAGUGACAGUAUGGAGGUGGACGGUUCCGAAGACCCAGCAGGUGACGUCCACACAUUAGUUAACGACUGCAAGUUCAACAUGAAGCUACGCAUGGCCGACAGCGCAUGGAAGCAGAAUAACUUCCCAGUGGCCACCAAGCUGCUGAAGGAACUUCACAAAGAAGCCAAAACAAACCGAGGCUGGUUGCUGCAGUGGGUCCACAGUUUUAGCCGCUACAACCAUCGACGCAGCCAGGCCCAGGGUCCUGUAGAGCAGAUCACUGCCAUGCUGAAGACUAUCCCACUCCUGGAGGAGCUACAGGCUGACUGUCGGAGUGCCACAGCUAAAGUCUUCAGAUACCAAAAGAUACUCCAGGGUACAUCUUUCCACAUCCUGGCCACAGCUGUAAGCAGGAGCCCCUCGGUCCUGGAUACUAUUGGAGCUGAGAAAGCAGAGAGAAUUGCAAAGCUUUCUGGAGCUUCUUGGCCCAAAGAAAAUUCAAAGAAAGUUGAAGUGGGGCUGCAGGUACAGGCACUGCAGUUGCUGUGUGAUGCCAGCAGAAAGGCUGAUGAAGAGAUUCAGUCUUAUAGUCAGGACUGUGUGGAAAGCAGCAGCAUCAUUGAGACAUACAUGGCUCUGGCUAACUUCUGUGACAAACGACUGCGAGAGGAGGAGCAGAGGGACACUGAAAGUCACUUCCCAGACCUGUAUACCUUGCCUGUUCAGGUAGUGGAGAACAUGUUGAAAGCUCUGAAGAUGAACUCCGAGGAAGCUCGCCUCAAGUUCCCACGUCUGCUGCAGAUCAUUGAGCUGUACCCCUCCGAGACACUGGACCUCAUGACCAAGGAGAUGAUGUCAGUUCCUUGCUGGAUGCUGAUUGGCUGGAUCAGUCAAAUGGUUGCCCUGUUGGACAAGCCAGAAGCUGUGGCUAUGCAGCACUGCAUUGGGCAGAUAGCAGAAUGCUACCCUCACUCGCUGGUUUACGCUCUUAUGAUCAGCAGUGAGAGUUACCAGUUUGAGGACUCUGCUACCGGCCACCAGCAGCAGGAAUUUGUCAACAGGCUCAGGAGCAUGCUGGAUAAGGGAGGAGCUGUGAGUAACUUCGUGGAUGCACUGCAGCAGCUUACAAACCCUGAGAUGCUUUUUAAGGAUUGGUGGGAUUGUGUGAAAAAUGAAUUGGAAAAACCGAGCUUUGACAAGAAGCGGAUGGGCGCCAUGUAUGACGAGAUGCACUCAGCACUCGGGGAUCGUAACACGGGCGGUCAUGGCACGUUUCGCACAAAAUUCAUCAAGAAAUUUGCUAAAGAUGUGGAGAAACUGCUGGGAUCUAAAGGCAGCAAGCUGUUUGAGAAGAGGACCGAAAAAAGCUUUGUGCGGCAGGUGGAUAAUCUGGCAGCUUCCAUGCGUGGAUGGCUUCAGGAACCAGGGAACCUGAAGGAAUACUCGCCCUGGCUGAGUGGAUUCAGAGCAGACACAUUCUGCAAUGAGCUGGAGGUCCCAGGACAGUAUGAUGGCAGAUCUAAGCCGUUGCCAGAGUAUCAUGCAAAAAUAACAGGCUUUGAUGAAAGGGUGAAGGUGAUGUCCUCCAUCCGUCGGCCCAAACGUCUGAUCAUCCGCGGCGAUGACGAACGCGACCACCCCUUUCUGGUGAAGGGGGGGGAGGACCUGCGCCAGGACCAGCGCAUUGAGCAGCUUUUUGCUGUCAUGAAUAUUCUGCUGAGUCAUGACGCCGCCUGCACACACAGAGGCAUGCAGCUGCGCACCUAUCAAGUCAUUCCCAUCACCACAAGAAUCGGCCUGAUUGAAUGGAUGGAGAACACCUGCACUCUGAAAGAGUUCCUGAACAGCACCAUGACUGACGAGGAAAGUCAGAGGGCGAGAAGCUCUACUGAGGACUACAAUAAAUGGCUCCAAACCUUUGCUCCCAAGUCCGAGGGUAUUGUACUGUACAGUUGGGCUUACAAGAAAGCAAAACGUUCUGAGACGGUCAACAACUUCUCUAAGGUGUUGCAGCAUGUGCCCGCCGAUCUCCUGAAGAGAGCUUUCCUGAAGAUGUGCAACAGUCCCGAGGCCUUUCUGUCCUUGCGCUCCCACUUCAUCAGCUCUCAUGCCUUGCUGUGUGUUAGCCACUGGGUUCUGGGCAUCGGGGACCGCCAUCUCUCCAACUUCAUGAUCAACAUGGACACAGGAGGCAUGGUCGGCAUUGACUUUGGUCAUGCGUUCGGUUCCGCCACACAGUUCCUCCCUGUGCCGGAGCUCAUGCCUUUCCGGCUGACCCAACAGUUUGUGAAUCUUAUGCAACCCUUGAAGGAGUCGGGAUUGAUCCAGAGCAUCAUGGUCCACUCCCUCCGAGCCUACAGUGCCGAGCCAGACCUUUUGCUAAACACCAUGGAUGUGUUCGUCAAGGAGCCCUCUCUGGACUGGAAGAACUUUGAGCUGAAACAGCUGAAGAAAGGAGGCACAUGGACGGACAACGUCAACACCAAAGAAAUCAGCUGGUAUCCCCUGCAGAAGGUCAACUUUGCCCGAAGAAAACUGGAAGGAGCCAAUCCAGCUGCUAUCACCAGUGAGGAGCUGGCGCUGGGCUUCGAGAAGGACCCCGCCUUCCCGGGGCUGCAGGCGGUGGCGCUGGGGUCCGAGGAGCACAACAUCCGGGCUAGGCUCCCAGCUGCAGGACUGCCGGUGGAGAAGCAGGUGGACUGCCUGCUGGACCAAGCCAUGGACCCCAACGUGCUGGGCAGAGUUUGGGUGGGCUGGGAACCAUGGAUGUGAUUCUCUGACUUGUGAGUGAUAGUAGUGUUGUGGUAGGUAACAGCCAUGGGUCAGAUCUACGGUCUACAAUGUGGAGGAAAGGCAUUGUUUAAUGGUCCUAAAAAAGAUCCCUCUAAUGUCAAAGAUGUCCCCCACUUAAAAACAAGAAAUCUAAGUCCGGAAUGGGAUGGUCUUUGGGAAUGGUACCAAACAUAAUUAUGUUCCAAGCACUUCAACUCUUAUCUGAUCAGAACCAAUCAUUAGCAUUGAUUAUUAAUGUCUUGUAACUUCAAAAUAAAA